AUGGCGGAUACCGAUUCUAAGGGCGGUAAGCGCCUCAGUGCCGACAGAGACGGAGCUUCAAGGAAGAAGGUCAAGAAGGAGGACUCCGAGGAAGCGCCCAAGUACAACCCUUACCUUGCGCACAUGAAGGACGAGAACGGCGGCGAUGGCGAUCUCGACCCCAACUCGCCUUUUGCCGAUUUCACGCAGCGCUCCACGACCGCCAAGCAAGCCGAGAAGGUGGAGGACCUUGAUACGAAUGCCUUCACCGGACGCCCUCAUUCGCAAAAGUACUUCCAGAUCCUGCAGACUCGUCGCGAUCUGCCUGUACACAAGCAAAGGCAAGAAUUCCUCGACAAGUACCACGAAACCCAGAUCCUCGUCUUCGUUGGUGAGACCGGUUCCGGAAAGACAACGCAGAUCCCCCAAUAUGUCGUUUACGACGAGCUCCCCCAGCUGAACCGCAAGCUGGUCGCUUGUACCCAGCCCCGUCGUGUUGCCGCUAUGUCCGUCGCGCAGCGUGUGGCCGACGAGAUGGAUGUGACCCUCGGCGAGGAGGUUGGUUACAGCAUCCGUUUCGAGGAUAUGACAGGACCGAAGACCAUCCUCAAGUACAUGACCGACGGUAUGCUUCUUCGCGAGGCAAUCCACGAUCACGAGAUGUCCCGGUAUAGCUGUAUCAUUCUCGACGAGGCCCACGAACGUACCCUCGCCACCGAUAUCCUCAUGGCCCUGCUCAAGCAGAUCGCCGCUCGCCGCCCUGACCUCAAGAUCAUCGUCAUGUCCGCCACCCUCGAUGCCCAAAAGUUCCAGCGCUACUUCAACGACGCGCCGCUCCUCGCCGUGCCCGGUCGUACCCACCCCGUCGAGAUCUUCUAUACCCCCGAGCCCGAGAGAGACUACGUUGAGGCCGCUAUUCGGACGGUCCUCCAGAUCCACGCUUCUGAGGGCGAGGGUGAUGUGUUAUUGUUCCUCACGGGAGAGGAAGAGAUCGAGGAUGCCUGCAGGAAAAUCAACCUCGAGGCCGACGAGAUGAUUAGGGAGAUUGAUGCCGGGCCCUUGGCCGUCUACCCCCUUUACGGAACUCUUCCGCCGCACCAGCAGCAGAAGAUCUUCGAUAAGGCGCCCGCGCCUUACAAGAAGGGCGGCAGGCCGGGUCGUAAGGUCAUUGUUGCGACCAACAUUGCCGAGACCUCGCUGACUAUCGAUGGAAUCGUCUACGUCGUUGACCCCGGUUUCAGUAAGCAAAAGAUCUACAACCCCCGUAUCCGUGUCGAGUCUCUCCUGGUCUCUCCCAUCUCCAAGGCCUCCGCUCAGCAGCGUGCUGGUCGUGCCGGUCGUACCAAGCCAGGAAAGUGCUUCCGUCUCUACACCGAGAACGCCUUCAAGAAGGAGCUCAUCGAGCAGACGCACCCUGAAAUUCUGCGUUCCAACCUCGCCAACACCGUCCUCGAGCUGAAGAAACUUGGCGUUGAGGAUCUCGUCCACUUCGACCUUAUGGACCCCCCUGCCCCUGAAACCAUGAUGCGCGCCCUCGAGGAGCUCAACUACCUGGCAUGUCUCGAUGAUGAUGGCGAGCUCACCACUCUCGGCUCUCUCGCCUCUGAGUUCCCUCUCGACCCCGCCCUCGCCGUCAUGCUCAUCUCGUCCCCCGAGUUCUACUGCUCCAACGAGAUUUUGUCCAUCACCUCCCUACUCUCCGUCCCUCAGAUCUGGGUUCGUCCCGCUGCUCAGCGUAAGCGCGCCGACGAGAUGAAGUCGCACUUUUCCCACCCAGAGGGUGACCAUCUCACCCUUCUCAACGCCUACCACGCCUUCAAGGGCCAGGGCAACGUUGUCGGCUCUGAUCCCAAGAAGUGGUGUCAUGAGCACUUCCUCUCCUUCCGUCAUCUCAGCAGCGCAGACAACGUCCGCGCCCAGCUGAAGCGCAUCAUGGAGACUCAUGGCCUCGAGCUCGUUUCUACGCCGUUUGAAGACAAGAAUUACUACACAAACAUCCGCCGCGCCCUGCUGUCUGGCUUCUUCAUGCAAGUCGCAAUGAAGGAGUCGUCCGGCAAGGUCUACCGCACCAUCAAGGAUGACCAGGCUGUCAUGAUGCACCCCUCAACCGUGUUGAAGACAGACUACGAAUGGGUCCUGUACAACGAAUUUGUUUUGACUUCCAAGCAGUACAUUCGCACCUGCACCGGAAUCAGGCCAGAGUGGCUACUGGAAAUCGCCCCCGUUUACUACGACCUCGAUUCCUUCGAAAAGGGCGAAGUCAAGACGGCACUCCUGCGCGCGACGGAGAAGAAGCGCCGCAAGGAGGCCAUGAAGAAGGGCCGGUGA